AUGAGUGGGUGUCCAUUUUGGGAAAACAAAUAUCAAUUUAAUUUUAACAAGCUGUCUUUGUCAGACGGGGAAGAUAAAUCACAAGAAGGGCAAAAUAAAGCUAUCAAAGGGGGCCUUAUUUAUGGAGACUAUUUACAGCUAGACAAAAUACUGAACGCUCAGGAACUUCAGAGUGAGAAGAAAGGGAACAAAAUCCACGAUGAGCAUCUUUUUAUUGUGACCCACCAAGCUUAUGAACUAUGGUUCAAGCAGAUCCUGUGGGAACUGGAUUCUGUCCGAGUGAUAUUUCAAAAUGGUCACGUGAGAGAUGAACGGAAUAUGUUGAAGGUUGUUGCCCGAAUGCAUAGAAUUUCAAUGAUCCUCAAACUGCUUGUGGAACAGUUUUCAGUUCUAGAAACUAUGACAGCCCUGGACUUCUUUAAUUUCAGAGAUUAUUUGAGUCCAGCAUCAGGAUUUCAGAGCUUACAAUUUCGAUUACUGGAGAACAAGAUUGGUGUCCCACAGAGUCUGAGAGUGCCGUACAACAGAAGACACUACCGGGAUAAUUUCAAAGGAAAAGACAACGAGUUGCUGCUGAAAUCUGAGCAAGAGCUAACCCUGCUGCAGUUGGUGGAAGCAUGGCUGGAAAGAACGCCAGGACUUGAGCCAGAGGGAUUUAAUUUCUGGGAGAAAUUCGAAAUUAAUGUACUUACAGGACUGGAAGAAGAAUUUGCAAUGGUGCAGGCCAAAGAAGACUCAGAGGAAAAAGAAGAUCAAAUGUCAGAACUUAAGAAACAAAAGGAGGUGCUUAUUUCAUUGUUUGAUGAAAAACUUCAUGAACAUCUUCUUGGUAAAGGUGAAAGAAGGUUGUCCUAUAAAGCAAUGAAAGGAGCUUUAAUGAUCUACUUUUACAGAGAAGAGCCCCGCUUUCAGAUUCCUUUUCAGCUGCUUACUUCUCUGAUGGAUAUUGAUGUGCUGAUGACCAAAUGGAGAUAUAACCAUGUGUGUAUGGUACACAGAAUGAUUGGCAGCAAGGCUGGCACAGGAGGAUCAUCUGGGUAUCACUAUUUACGCUCUACUGUGAGUGACAGGUACAAAGUGUUUGUUGAUUUGUUCAAUCUUUCAACAUAUUUGGUGCCAAGACACUGGAUACCAAAGUUGAACCCAACUGUCCAUAAAUUCCUGUUCACUGCAGAAUACUGCGACAGUUCCUAUUUCAGCAGUGAUGAUUCAGACUGAAAACCAUUCUUGGAUAUCCUUGCAAAAAACUGGCUUGUAACUGAAAGAAUGUUGGUGUUUUAAUCAAAUACCUUAUGCAUGUAUUAUGUAAUUAAGUAUGUUUAUAUAUUUAUACGAAAUAUUAUACAGCUUUUAAAGCAUAAUUGUAUUUCAGAAACACAAUGAAAUAAAAUAAUCACUCGCAUAAACAACUCAGGCUUCUUCACUAUGAGGUAGCAGUGUGCUGAGGUAAUUUGAAGGAUGCUUUGUUCAAAGAAACAUAUUUUUCCUGCAAAGGUCAUUCCAUCUACACAUGCUGCUUUGUUCUCCUGUGCAAGCUUCAAAUCCCUGGUGUGUUACUGUUGGGGGGCAGUUUUAGUGGUGUAGAAUGACUCAAAAACCCCUUUUCAGGACCAGAGUUUUCUGACUGUGAGGAUACUGAGGCACUCACAGUGCUACCCUAAAGAGAUAACAUCCAUCAGAGCCUUACAGCCCAAUCCUGAAUGAGCCGGUGGGCAAGGACAGCACUGCUCAGAUGCUGCCCUGCCUUUUCCAAAGGCUUUCCCACAGUGUGGGAAGCCCAAAAUGUUUUUUUUAAAAAAAGAAGAACUGGAACUCUCCCAUAAAAGAAAAUAGGGAUAUGCCCUGAAAAUUGUAGUAUAUUUUCAAGGUGUUGGUAUUGAACUUUAAGGAAAUUCACUGCCUGUGGCCCUCAUACCUUAGGGACCAUCUGUCCCCUUACAUCUCCAUCCGGCCUAUGCGUUCCACAGGGGACAACUUACUGGUGGUCCUGGGCCACUCUACAAUCUGGCUGUCCUCCACCCGGGCCAGGGCCUUUAGUGCGCUGGCCUCCGUCUGGUGGAAUUCUCUACCAUUGUCUGUCCAGGCCCUGUGGAACCUUUAGCAGUUAUGCAGGGCCUGUAAAAUAGUGUUGUUCCAUCGGGCUUUUGGUGGGGGAAAAUAGCUGCGGAAAGAUGCCAUCCACUUUGCUUCUACUGAUUACCAUCCUGACCACCCUCGUGACAUGUUAUGAAAUACCAUUCUUGCCAUCUGAUUUCUUAUAUUUAUAUGUUAUUCUGUAAUAUUGGGUUUUAAACUGUAAUUUGUAUUUUGUAAAUUGUUUUUGUUAUAUAGUUUUAACAUGUGCUGUACACCGCU